UGGAGCUGCAAUGUUGAAAUAAUCAAAGCAGAUUCAUCAGGUGCAGCAAAGGAUCGCCGCCACCAAAACCUGUACUCCGCCAAACUGUAAACCAAUUUCCACCCUAAAAAUAGAAAAUAUAAUAUAUAAAAUUAGAAUAUAAAACUGCGGUUUUAAGGGUUAAUUCCUCCACAAGAAACCUCAGCCUCCUCUGCAGAUACUUUUUGAGCUUAAGCUAUUUCUGUCUACAUUUUUCUUAUUGGAAACGAUGAUUUGUUCUACGUGUUAGUAUUCUUUCUGUUCUUGCGUUUAGACUUCCUGUUCUAGCGUUUGACUUUCUGUCGGUAAGCUGCGAUGGAGUCGGCGGGAAAGCGCAGGCAAUCAUUUGGGCAAACGGAGAUUAAUUGGGACAAACUUGAUAAAACAAAGUUCUAUGUUGUUGGAGCUGGAAUUUUUACUGGAGUUACUGUAGCACUUUAUCCGAUCUCGGUUGUGAAGACGAGGUUGCAAGUAAGUACACACGACGCCUUAGAAAGAAAUGCAUUUUCUGUCAUCAAGGGCCUGCUGAAAACAGAUGGGAUCCCCGGAUUAUAUAAAGGCUUCGGGACCGUAAUUACUGGGGCAGUGCCAGCUAGGAUUAUAUUUCUUACCGCAUUAGAGACAACAAAAGUGGCUGCUUUCAAGUUGGUGGAACCUUUGAGAUUGUCAGAGCCUACACAGGCAGCUGUGGCAAAUGGGAUUGCUGGCAUGAUGGCUGCUUUGUGCUCACAAGCUGUAUUUGUUCCCGUUGAUGUGGUUAGUCAAAGAUUGAUGGUCCAAGGAUAUUCCGGCCAUGCGACUUAUAGUGGGGGCCUGGACGUUGCUCGUAAGAUUAUUAAAUCUGAAGGUAUUCGAGGAUUAUACAGAGGCUUUGGUCUUUCUGUCAUGACCUAUUCACCUUCUAAUGCUGUCUGGUGGGCAAGUUAUGGUGCAAGUCAACGUGUGAUCUGGAGCUUCUUACAUCAUGGUACAGAGGGUGACGGGGCAAAAGUUAGUGAGGGAAAAAUUGUUGCGGUUCAAGCUGCUGGAUCCAUUUUUGCAGGUGCCAUGGCAUCAUGCAUCUCGACCCCAUUGGACACUGUGAAAACUCGCUUGCAGGUUAUUGGUCAUGGAAAGAGACCUCGUGCUCGAGAAGUGGUAAGAAAUUUGAUUGCUGAUGAUGGGUGGACCGGACUUUACAGAGGACUUGGUCCGAGAUUUUUCAGCAUGUCAGCCUGGGGAACAUCUAUGAUAUUGACCUACGAGUAUUUAAGUAAGUAG